CUACAUUUGAACGUCACAACGUGGGUAUCACUCCUCUCUAGCAGCAGUCCUCCAUUACCCUGACAGGAGGCAGGAGCCACACCCCCUCCCCUUAACGUCAGAGGUGGAGUGAGUUAUAAACGCGUUUAAAUGACAGAGUAAACCUCUGUUCUCUGCCCGCGGGAGCUCGGCUCUGUACAGGAACAAAGACAGAAGACGUUCAGGGACCGUCCAGAGAAGUGACCGUCAGUGAGCUGUUGGUGUCCGUCCCCAGCCAGAACGCACUUUAAAUGGGAAUAGAGAAGAGGAGUUUGCUAUCACUUCUUCGUUUUUUUUUCACCACACGGACGAGUACGGAGAAUAUAGUUAACUAAAAAGUUUACGGGUCUCUGUAACAUCUGGCGCGUUCCUGUACUGACGUGCGAGAAAGACGAGAAGAAGCCGCCGCGGUUCCAUCAACUAAUCAUUCAAGUUGACAACAGCAAGGCUGCUAUGGUGAACAGCAGGGUGGAGGUGCCCACAGUGGCAGUGAUGGGCGGCGGUGGGGCAGCAUCAGGCAGGUCAUGCGCAGGAUGUGGAGGUCGAAUCGCAGACCGCUUCCUGCUCUUCUCCAUGGAGCGCUACUGGCACACGCGAUGCCUCAAGUGCUCGUGCUGCCAUGCUCAACUGGGAGAGUACAGCAGCACCUGCUACAGCAAAGGAGGCAUGAUACUCUGCAAGAACGACUACAUCAGGCUGUUUGGACACAGUGGAGCCUGCAGUGCAUGUGGACAGUCUAUACCUGCAAGUGAGAUGGUGAUGCGAGCACAAGGCAACGUUUACCACCUUAAGUGUUUUACCUGCGCGACCUGCAGGAACCGCCUGGUCCCUGGUGACCGCUUUCACUACAUCAAUGGGACUAUCUUCUGUGAGCAUGACCGGCCGGGAGCGGGUCUGCUCAGUGGACAUCCAACUCCACUGCAGUCCAACAGUAUGAUGUCUGACCAGAAGGUCUGCUGAAGAAGAAGAUGGAAAACCAAAUGUGCCUUCUCCCCCACCUUUCACCUAUGUCUCAUCACCCUCCUCCUUCACUUGUAAAUCCUGCCAUUGGUUGACUGCCCUCAAUUCUGAUGGCCUGUCACUCUGAUUGACUGGAUGGAGUCAUUACUGCUACUGGUCCAGUGCUCUGUUGGAGUAUGCUAAGGAUGUUGGGAAUUUGUUUAUACAAUAGACUGUGGUCUAUUGUGAACUAUGGCGAUGUUACUGAUAAGAACUGGCAUGGCUAACGUGGUGAAUUGGAAGACUGUCAUGGAAGUAUCCCAUUUGUGUGGUUCCAGUGGAAUCUUCUGUUACCCAGCUGGCCAGUAACAGUGGGCAUUGAAUAAGAGGGGAACAUUGACAGCAGUGUGACUCCUGCAGGAGAUGAAAUGUAUUUCCAAAAUUACAGAGACCACAAUGUUGUGUGACCAUAUUUUGGUUUGGGGAAAAAGAAAACUGUAGGGAUCUCCUGAGUCGUUAUUUCAGCUGCUUGAUUGUUUCUACUCUUCGAGAGACAGCUGAACAAGAAAACAUCUAUAUUGAUACUUAGACUAUUUCUCUGUGUGAUUCUCUAUGAUGUUUAAACAUGUUAAUGUCUGGAUUGUUUUUGUCUUUUUUACCACAGUAUGUUGGGGAGAAGUAAUAGUGGCCCUCUGGUUGUAGCAUUCCUACCACAGACAGAAGUAGCUUCAGUUCUCCAAUUUUUGUACAAAACUGCAUCGCAGUAAUGAAGUAUUGCUGCCUAAUUGUGUUUGCCAUAAAUUCCUACAUCUUUACAUUUGUCUUGAUAAAUUCAUUAUUGUAUUAGUAUUUGGCUUUGUUUUUUUUUUCUUUACUCUGAACCAAAUAGCGAUGGUAUAAUGCCACCCCAGUGUGUGAUUUUAGACAGUAUGCUGGAUGCAUGAUGUGUGACGUGUAACAUACAUGUCAGGCAAUAAUGGCAUUGGUUGGUUGAUCUCGUCCUCCGUUCGGAGGGCAAUGAGCUCCCAGAUCUCAUUUACGGUUGCUGUUUCACUGUUCCUCUUGUGUGAAUUAGCUGCUAACUGCUUUUUAAAUCCAACCAAUUGUGGGUUAUACACAUAUACUGUGAGCUUAGCCAGAUCACUCUUUUUAUGCAGACAUUGAUUCCCCAUGGUAUAAAGGUGAAAAUCUUUAUGCCUGUCUUUCAGAACGGUGAACCACAACGCCAGGGCAGGCUUAGCUUAGUUAAUUUUGUUGCUUUUAAAACGCAGCGUUAUCUUUGUUAUUCUUAUGUCAACAAAUAUUCUUAUGUGAACAAAUCUUCAGUUCUUGACCUGACUGGUUGUUGUGUGCAACACUGAGGUAUUCUUGGAGUAUUCUUGGACUUUGCUUUGGUUUGCAUACUGCAUACUACAUGUGACGUUUUGUACAAAUCAGAACAUUCCACAAGUAGAGUAGGUGGUUUCAAAGCCAUAGCCAUAGUCUUGUGAAUUAAACCACCAGCACAGUCUUAAAUGCAGCGAUGCCACUUACAGUUGAUUUAAGUCAAACUUUAUUGCUUUUAAAUAUCUGCAUGAAGAACCGGAGCAACAUUUUUUUGUGUUUGUUUUACAGUUCUUUGUAGUUCAUUGCUUUUAAUUUCCCCAAAGGCCUGUGAUUUCAGUAACUAAGCAGUUCUGGAUUUAUAAUAGCUCCAACACAAUUAAGGAGAUAUACACAAUGAUUGACUUUGGUAGGAAUGCAGCUACAGUACUACAGGGCCCACAAAUGUUCUCCCUCCGAAUAUGAAUGGCUUUUCUUCACACUUUAUCAUGAUGUACCCUUCUCUGCUUCAGCUGUAAAUGGUAGUUCCAGACAUCAUGAAUACUUUUAGGAUUCCUACAGUGUUUGUAACUGUGCUUGGAGAGAUGAUUCUACACGCAAUUUAGCAGAUGUAAUAUGUACAUUCGAAAAGUUUAUUGCCAUAACAGUCACAUUUUGACAGUGUAACCUGACCUGUUUAUAUUUUAUGAACAAGUGAAGGAACAAUGGGAAGAUAAGUUCCAAGUGUACCAGUAUCCUGUUGUGUUUGUGUUACAGUGUAUGAUUCAUGUUUUCUGUGUUGCAAUUUGUGUGUGUUUUUCCUUUGCUUCAAUCAAGUCUUAGAGAUGUACUGCUCUAAACUGUAUGGAAUAAGUCUUCUCAGAAGAACUAAUAAUAAUUUAGCCAUUCAGCUGUGUCUCACAUGUGAUGAGUGUGUGAUUGUGCUGAGGAUGACUUGGCUAAAGCUACAGUAAGUACAUAGCAACAAGUCACAGUUAGUCGCUUCAGACUAAGUAAGAAAUAAGAAACGCUUGUGGUUCUCAGACAAACAUGGCUGAUUACCCACAGGAAUGGGAUUUCAAAGGCCUGAGCUGAGGCCAUUACAGAACCAAUUAAAGCGGGAUGCGCUGGAGGCCUGCAUGGACUUAAGCUGCACUCCAGUGUUGCAGCCUAAUGAGACCUAAUCUGGUGAGCUGGUCUAAUUAAAAGGGAGGGAGCUUUUUCCUGUGGGCACCAGCCAGCCGGCAGUUUGUGCGCUAGCUUUCCGAGGGGAAAAAGCAAAGUUCAAAUCGGAAUAUACAUUGUUUUAAACCAUAAAAAGUUUCUCAUUCCUCCAUCCUCUGACUGUUCAAAUUAAAACAUUUAACUUGACAUUUUUAACAUGUUUGCUGGUCUCUGAUCCUUCCAAGGUUUUUACUCUGGUUUGGUAUGAUUGCUUUUUGGCACGAAACGUGCCUUUAAAUUAGCCUCUUUUUUAUAUGUACAUUUGGCACAAAACAUACAAGAUCAUCUCUUCUGUGCUAAUUUUAGGAUCACUUCUUGUCCAUAUUGUUUGUGUGGCUUUCUGCAGAGCAGAAUUAAAGGCUGAAGUGAAGCACGCAGGACGGGUAGAGGCACACAUGAGUAGCCAGCUGCGACUCUUCAAAUUAACGGGCCUGGAGAACUCAGCAGCUCUCUCACAGGGUUAGUCCAAUUAGCUUCACAUUCACAGUAACAAUGGGGCUUUUAGUGGUAGUGUUUCAAAGUCCUUUUUCAUAAUGAUGGAGCUUGAACACAUUCCUCUGGUUUUUCAGUCGUGACUCCAUAUGUGAGUCACAUCAACUUUCCUCUGAAUCAACUUUUAAUGUUUUUGUUUUGUCUCUUGUUUGUCUCAGAUCACCACGAAAUGAUUGGCAUAAGAUAAUGAGCAAGAUAGAAUACAGCUUCUACUUAAUUAAAGGGUCCAUUCACCCAAAUCUCACUUACACUGAAAAGUAUGUACCCAUGCAGUUUUCUCUUACUCUUAACAAUGCAAAAAAGAAAUUGCUUUGAGAGUUUACUUAAACAUUUAUCUACUGAAGAAGCAGUUGU